AUGGCGGGAGGGGAGGAAGCGCUCCCACCGAGAAGCUGGGAGAAUGACCUUGCAGAAGCUCUAGAAGAAGGUGGUUGUGAUCUUGAAACAGUCCGAAACAUAAUUCAAGGGAGACCUUUGCCUGAUGACCUAAGAGCCAAGGUCUGGAAGAUUGCACUGAACGUUGCCGGUAAAGGAGACAGUUUGGCAUCAUGGGAUGGCUGUCUAGAUCUGCCGGAACAGACACUAAUUCACAAAGAUUGUCAAGAACUGGUUGAUCAGCUGUCAGUGCCAGAGGAGGAGAAGUCAGUAUUACUUUUGGAUAUUGAAUCUGUGAUUACCUUUUAUUGUAAAUCUCGUAAUGUCAAAUACAGUUCUAGCCUUAGUUGGACAUAUCUACUUAAGCCAUUGGUGCAUCUUCGACUUCCACGAAGUGACUUAUACAACUGCUUCUAUGCUAUCAUGAAUAAGUACAUCCCCAGGGACUGCUUCCUGAAAGGGAGACCAUUUCACCUCUUCCGGCUGCUCCUCCAGUACCAUGAGCCAGAGCUGUGCUCUUUUCUUGACACCAAAAAGAUGACCCCAGACUCAUAUGCACUCAACUGGCUUGGAUGCCUGUUUUCAAGCUACUGUUCUCAUGAAGUCACUCGUGCAAUAUGGGAUGGAUACCUGCAGCUAGCAGAUCCAUUCUUCAUUUAUUUCCUAAUGCUUAUCAUCCUUGUUAAUGCAAAAGAAUUCAUCUUAGCACCAGAGUCGGAUGGCAAAGAAGAUAUCGUGAAAUUCCUAGAAAAAUCCCCUGCCAGUUUGGAAGUAGAAGAUAUAGAGGACCUUUUCUCCUUGGCACAGUAUUAUUGUAGCAAAACUCCAGCUUCCUUCAGAAAGGACAACCACACUCUGUUUGGCAGCAGCUUGCUGGGUCUCAAAGACGACGAUUCAGACUUGAGCCAAGCUUUGUGUUUAGCAGUUUCUGUAUCAGAGAUUCUUCAAGCUAAUCAACAGCAAGGGGAAGGAGUAAGGUUCUUUGUGGUGGAUUGUCGUCCUGCAGAACAGUACAAUGCUGGCCAUUUAUCAACUGCCUUUCAUUUAGAUUCAGACUUGAUGCUCCAGAACCCAUCGGAAUUUGCUCAGUCUGUGAAGUCUUUGUUAGAAGCACAGAAACAGUCUAUUGAAUCUGGUUCAAUAGCUGGUGGAGAGCAUCUUUGUUUUAUGGGAAGUGGCCGGGAGGAAGAGGAUAUGUAUAUGAACAUGGUACUGGCACACUUUUUACAGAAAAAUAAAGAAUAUGUAAGCAUUGCCAAAGGAGGAUUCAUGGCACUGCAACAGCACUUAGCAGACAUUAAUGUGGAAGGACCAGAAAAUGGAUAUGGCCAUUGGAUUGCUAGUACUUCAUACUCAAAAAGUAGUAUUAACUCCUUAGUUGACGGCGAUUCUCCAAACGGUUCAAAUGAUGGGAAGGGUGUCAAGUCCUUGGUCAACAAGGUGACAGAAGCUUUCAAGACGAGAUCUGUGAAUGUGAAAGAAAAAGUUAUUAGUUUUAUUGAAAAUACAUCAACUCCAGUUGAUAGAGUUUCUUUCAAUCUUUCCUGGCCUGAGACAGCAAGUUUGCAGCGACAUGUGAGCAGCAGUGACCGAGUGGGAAAACCUUACCGAGGCGUCAAACCAGUUUUCAGCAUUGGAGAUGAAGAAGAGUAUGAUACUGAUGAAAUUGACAGCUCCUCAAUGUCAGAUGAUGAUCGAAAAGAGAUCGUCAACAUCCAGACUUGGAUAAAUAAACCAGACAUAAAGUUUCACUUCCCCUGUAAAGAGGUGAAAGAAAAUGGACACAUGUUUCCAAGUCAUCUUCUAGUAACAGCAACACAUAUGUACUGUCUGAGGGAAAUUGCCUCCCGAAAGGGAUUUGCUUACAUACAAUCUCGCCAGGCACUAAACUCUGUCGUUAAAAUAACAUCCAAGAAAAAACAUCCUGAAUUAAUAACCUUCAAGUAUGGAAAUAGCACCACUUCAGGCAUAGAGGUUUUGGCAAUUGAGAGGUACUUGAUUCCAAAUGCAGGUGAUGCUACCAAAGCCAUAAAGCAACAGAUUAUGAAAGUUCUGGAUGCCCUGGAAAGCUAAUGAGAAAAAGACUUUUUCAGUUGUGUCUUAAAAAAAGAAAAAAUGUCAACCUGGAUACUGCACAUGGACCUAAAAUGAAUUUUCCAGAGGAAUACUAACCUAAGAGGACAUUUUCAGUUUACUGGUGGGAGUGCCUGGGUAGCAGGUUUAAGAUAGGAGUAAAUUAUACAUUUUGAAUAUAUUUUUAAAGUCUUUUUCUUUAACACUCUUGGAUUUUGUAAAAGUUGUUUAUUAUAAAUGUCAGUUAUUUUUCAAGUAGCUUUUGAGGAGCUGACCUGUUCUUAAUAAGAGCAAUUCAAUACACAGAUCACUUUGAAGAAUUGUAUUGAAGCCACACAGCACUUCUAAAAUAAUGGGAAAAUAUUUGAAACCCAUUUUCUUCUUAGUAUUACAAACUGUUAAGUAGCAGCUGUUUUUUAAAGGCCCGAAGCACUGAAUAUGUAGUUUGAUCUGCUGGGUGAAACAUCAAGGAGUGACGACAAUACAUAUAAUAGGAACUAGAACUAGGAAAAAUUGGGACAGCUAAAAAUAAUAUUGCAAUCCACCAAACUGGGUGUGUGUGUAACGUCUUCUGUGUGCUAUCAAGUAAAAAAAAUAGUGGCUAAAUUGAUAAACUUGAAAUGUUGAGUUGGAUGCCGUAAUGAAAAGUUUAUACUCGCAAGUAUGUGGUUGGGUUAUUAUGAAAGUGGAGGUUAUAUUGGGCCAGGGUCAGCAUUAGAAUGGACGCUGAAAUCAGAAUUCAUGUGAUGGAAUAUCGAAGUUGGCUGCCAUGAUGGGGAGACAAACAUAAUUGUUGGAUUAUCUUUUUAGAAACUGUCUGGCACAGGCUGAAGGUGUACUGUUUGCAAGUGAGGCAAAGUGAUCAGAGAGCUACAUAUUUGCAAUGAUUUUUUUUAUACAUAUGACAUGCCUUUUCCCCCUCUUCAAGUCAUGUCAGUUAAGUUUUGAAAUAAUGUCUUCAGUGCUUGAGAAUUACAAGUUUUUGCUGCAAAUCUGUAGCUAUCACAUACUGACCAAAUGUUUAAGAGGAACUUGAAUGCUCUUCAUAUCUUGGAGCAAGUUCAGUACUUGAUGACAUAAAAGGCUGAAAAACUGUUGGGAUUAAAUGUGCUGUGCAAAACAAAAACAAAGCUGAACACCUCCGGUUGCUUAAGAUUCUGUUGCGGUAUCAUCACAAAAUAAAUUAAGCUGACCUUUAUAACAAAGCAGCUCUUUAAAGUUACGUUCUUAGUAGGAAUCAAGUUAUGGCACCUUAAUCCUGAAACUAACUCCCGUUUUUAAACAUAUCUAAACGAACAACACUAAAAGAAGUAUCUGACGAUGCAUUGCAUGAACUGCACAUCUGCCAAUGCUCCUGUAUUUAUAAUUCUGCCCCAGAGCUGUCAUUUUACGUAUUUUUUUCCAAUUCUCCUUUAAAAUAAAAUCUCCUGAAGAGCCUCCAAUUUGUGCCUACUUCAACACAGAGAUUUCCCCCUGUAGUGUUAAUGUAAAGAUGUUUGUGUUAUUGUUUAUAAACUGCAGUUGUAAAUAAACCAGUGCUAUUUGAACACAAAUGGUUCAGAUAAAAAAUGUUUGAUCC